GAAGAAUUGUUGACAAAAAAAAAACACUGGUUGUCCUACUGCUGGGGAUUUCCAGUUUUGAUGUCGAUAAAAAUGAGUUUAUUUGACCAAAUUUUUUCAGUUUAUAUAAAUCGUUGAUUAGUUAAUAAUGGAAGCUGUGCCAGACAUACCAGAAGACGUUCUUAUCGACUUGAUAUCACGCUUCCUUCUUAAUGUUCCAUCAGUAGAACGCAACAACUUAAUCAGGGUAUGCUUUCAAGUGGAGCUUGCGCAUUGGUUUUACCUGGACUUCUACCGCCCUGAGAGGCCAAGUCUUCCUGGUUGCAGGAUUGGAGAAUUCGCACGAGCAAUUUUCCAGAGCUGUCCUUAUCUGAUAGACCAUGCAGAUCGAACUGAGGAAAUCCUAGCAGAAUGGAAACAGUACAAGAUGAGCGUACCCACCUAUGGCGCCAUCAUCAUGGAUAAGGAUUUGCAACAUGUCCUCUUGGUUCAAGGCUUUUGGUCAAAAUCAAGUUGGGGGUUUCCAAAAGGAAAGGUAAAUGAGGAGGAAGCUCCACAUUUGUGUGCAAUACGGGAGGUGAUGGAGGAGACUGGAUUUAAUAUAAAUGAAUUGAUAGAUGAGAAGGAAUACAUACAGUUGACAAUUCACGAUCAAGUGUCAAGAUUGUACAUAAUAACAGGUGUUCCGUAUGAUACUUCAUUUCAACCAAAAACUAGGGGAGAAAUCAAGGAAAUUAAAUGGUUUAACCUAAAUGACUUGCCAUCACAUAAGAAAGACAAUGCACCCAGAGUGAACCUGGGCCUGAAUCAAAACAACUUCUUUAUGGUCAUGCCUUUCAUAAAAUCAUUAAAGAAAUAUGUAAAUAAAAAAAAAUCUCAGCCAAAGGUGGCAGAAACGCCUCUGGAUAGUCUACUAUUAAACGCUCAAAGCAAACAGCAAGUUCAAAAGAUGGAACAGCAAGCCACACCUGUGAAGCCAUUAAAGAACGGGCAGAAUGAGGCGAAGCAGAUCACAGAUAAGCAAAGACAGCGUCAGCAGAAGACAUUCGCACUCAAGAACCAAAGCGAGUUCUCACAGUAUCUCAAAUUCCGAGACAGUACUGACAGCGGCAUUAAUGGCACUCCUGGAAAGAAGCAGGGACUGCAGAAUCUGAGGGGGUCAAAGGGCAAAGCAUCUCAGCAGAAACAGUAUCAGAUUUUUACAAAAGACAAGAAAGCCAAACCUGAUGGAGAUAGUACGAGUAAAAAAGGCCUGAUACCGAUCAGGUUUUAUGCAAAGGCAUUUCUGAACUUCCAGAUCAACCGUGAGGCAACAAUGGCUGCGUAUGAUGGCGUGUUAUUGCAGACGCCAGGAAUAUCUCAGUAGCCAUAAAGUUGUGAGAUUGACUAUAAGCUGUUAAAGAAGGAAACGUGUAUCCCUUUUUCUUUCCAAAAGUAGUUCCUGUAUCCUUGGCAAAUUCCCAGUUGAGGGGGAAGGGGGAAGAACUCUAUAGUGUGUAUUCAGCCCCUGGGGCCACAUUCACUAGGGGUAUCGACUGGGAGUGCAAACUGUUUUCCGUUUCGAGGUCUGAAUUUACUAUAAUGAAUUAAGGUUCAGUUGGCCCUGAUUUUAGGUUUCUAAAAGCAAUCAAUGAUUUUACAUUUUAUUUUUUUUCUCCUGCUAAGCAUGUCAGUUGUUGCCUGUGAUUGUAAAUAUAAUGACAGACAAGAAUUAUUUUCUAAAAAAAACAAACAAGAAAAUUAAAAGAUAUUGCUUACUCUAUGGCUCUAUGUAAAAAUGAUUUUUUACUUUUUGUAUUGCACCACCAGUGUUCUUUUAUGCCCAGUACUAUACUCAUUUGCUUUUGUAUAAAUAUAGUUGAUAUACAGUAAUUACUUUUUUAAAAUUAUGCAUGUGCCUGUUUUAGUUUGAAUCUAAAUUUGUGAAUUAUAGGUAUAUUAGAAUUACCUGCUUCGCAAGAUAACCUCUUACACUUAUCAAUAGCAUUUUAAUAGAAAACAUUUCUGUGCAUUGUCCUGGUCUGUUGUUUCGCUAUCUUAAAAGUCUAUAGUUUCUCUGUAAAAGUCCCAUGCUGGACCCUCUAUAUGAAAGUCCUUGAUCCACCACUGGGCAGGAUGUUGAGGCCCUUAAAAAUUGGUCUUUAGUGCAGUGCACUGCAGGAGGUUAAUUUGUUGUGCAUGUGUGUAGUGACCAGUGGUGGGCGAGAACACAACAGAUGGAUUGAGAAAAGGAUGCUAUAAAGAUGCUCUCUAGUCAAAAAAUACAUUUAUAUAGCUAUUUAACAGCAUACUGAUUGAUAUCACCUACAGCCACCAACAAGUAAUCUUAAGGCUGCCCUCUAUAUUCAUUUUUUUAAGCAUUUGUCUAAUUGAAGGCGUCAAUAUUCAUUAAGUAUUCUACUGUAUUUUUAUUUGUUGGUACUGUACUGUAUUUGAAUGUUGCUAAUGUAAAUUACUAUGCAAAGUCUGUUGCAAUAACGUUCCAUAUUGAAAUGCGAGAUAAAUUCAUGUUAGAAGCAAAUUUAGAAGUCUUGAUAUAUGAAUUCCUGCUUCUGUCCCCAAAAUUACUUCAGGAAGGAGAACCAUUAUUGUAAUAAAUAUACAAUGCAUAUUUUGUUGAAGAAAAACAAGAUGGAUGUUGAGCAAUAUAGAAUAUUGUAUUGGAGGGUGGAAUGGAGGAACUUAGUGGUUAUUCAGGUUCUCCCUAUAUCAUUAGGACUGUUUAAGUUGAAAUGUGUCUUGCUAAGAAUCCAGUCUUUAGGACAUACAGGCAUAAUAGCAAUAUUGAAUAUUAGUGUGGGAAUUUUUGACAGUAUUUUGUUUUGCAACUUUUUGGGCCUUAUUAGUUUUAUGAGUGUAAAUGAAGAACAUUUUAAUUUACUUAAGGCAAUACUUUAUUUGUACCUUGUUUAGCGAACACGCCAACUGCAAAUAUUGUUUAUUUCGAAUAAAAAUAAAAAUUUAUUUUUGGCCAAUUAGCGCAACCACCUCCACGAAAAAGCUGCAAUUUCAGAUAACCCUUAAAAAAAUAAGUAUGCGAAACAAGGAAUAAAAGUCUCGCCUAACAAGGCAAUAAUACAAGCACAAUUUGCACCUGUUUUUGUUACCAAUUUUUGCUUCAAAUAUCUAUGAAUUGUGUCCUGCUUUCAGAGUAUAUGUGUCUCAAUUGAAAAACAGAUAAAUAAAAAUAAAUAAACCUAUAUUGGUGUACGUCA